AUGGCGUGGCUUCUGCUCUUGAUGCCUAUUGUGGGGUUCUUGGCGGCAAUCGCAGUGAUCCUCUGGAGCGCCUGCGGCGGCGAGCGGGCGGCGGAAGCGAACGCACCCGGGCGACGAUUGGGCCGAUUGGCCGAGGUGAUGGAGGCCAUUGAACGGGCGCAGCAGAUGAGGCCGGCCACGGUGGCGUCAGAGCCGGUGGCGCCGGCGCCGGCGGUGGAGCUGGGGUACUUCCCGUACUCGGCGGAGGGCAGGCGGGCGUCGGAGAGGCUGGUGUGCGCCAUCUGCCUGGAGGAGUUCCAGCAGGGGCAGCCGUGCAGCGAGGUGCCGGCGUGCCGGCACGUCUUCCACCGCUACUGCAUCGACGUGUGGAUGAAGAGCAAGGCCACCUGCCCGCUGUGCAGAAGGAGUGUCGUGGCCGGGUUAGAACGAGUAUCGGCUGCCGAUGACAUGGUUUAG